UGCCAAACUUCUCCAAAGCACCGGCACAGUUUACAUGCCCACUAGCAAUGUAUGAUUUUCCACAUUCUCCCCAGCGCUUGUUACUGUCUUUUUAUAUAAUUAUAGCCCUCCUAGUGGAGUGGUAUCUUGUAGUUUUGCAUUUCCCUAAUGACAUGAGUAUCUUUUCCUGUGCUUAUUGCCCAUUUGUCUAUCUUGGAGAAAUAUCUAUUCGGAUCCUUCACCGAAUUUUUAAUUGGGCUAUCUUCUUACUGUUUAGUUUUGAGUUCUUUAUAUAUUCCAGAACAAAUCCUUAUGAUUUGCAAACAUUCCUCGCAUUCUGUGGGUUGUCUUUUCACUGGUUGCAUAGGUUACAACACAAAGUUUUUCAUUUAGAUGUAGUCCAACUUAUGCUUGUGGCGUCCUAUCUAAGAAACAUUUGUCUAACCCAAGAUUAUGAAGAUAUGCUCCUGCUUUCUGCUAAGAGUUUUAUAGUUUUAGCCUUUACACGUAGGUCUGUGAUGGGUUUUCAGUUAAUUUUGUAUGUGAUGUGACCCCUUCCCUUUCUUUUAAGGACCUUUCUGGGAAAUUGCCUACACCACUCAGCUUUUAUUCACUGGCCAGGACUUAGUUACAUGGCCAUACCCAUUGUCUGUAUGAGGUUGGAGAAUGUGUAUUUCGGGCAUCCUGUAUCAAUUUUUAAAAGAGUGUUGUAAGCCUCCUCAGCCACAAUCUUAGUCUGAGCAGGUCAAUUCUAUUGCUUCGUUUUUCUAAUGAAUUUGUUUGUCGGCUUUCACGAGGAUUUAGCAGGCGAGUUUAGCGCGAACGGCCGCUGGCUCUCACUCCCUCCCUCGGAGACCUACCCCAAGGAAAACGGUCCCGAGUGACUUGGCCAGCCUUUCCCCCGGCAAAUGUGGGCUCCGGCGUUUUUCACUUUGGGAAACCGAACCCGCGCACUUCGCGGCUUCCCCGUUUUCCCGCGCGUUGCCCCCGGCCCGGGGCGCGCCCGCCGCCCCGCCCCUCUUCGCGCCGCGCCCUCUCGGCCCGGGAGCCGCCCUCCCCGCGGGGGCGGCCGGCCGGGCGAUAACACCGAGAGCGUGCAGCCGUGCGCCAUGGCAGUGUCCCCCGAAGGGAUCCCGGCCCCGCCAGUCGACACGCCGCCACCCCCGCCGGAAGCGCACACCUUGGAGCCCGGUUCGGACAGCGGAGCUGGUCGCCUCUCAUUCUGUACGAAGGUGUGCUACGGCAUUGGAGGGGUCCCCAACCAGGUGGCCUCCAGCGCCAUAGCCUUUUACCUGCAACUUUUCCUGCUCGAUGUGGCACAGAUCCCUGCUGCCCAGGUGUCACUUGUCCUGUUUGGAGGCAAGGUGUCUGGGGCAGCUGCCGACCCUUUGGCUGGGUUCUUCAUCAACAGAAGCAGGAGGACAGGGUCUGGACGACUCAUGCCCUGGGUGCUAGGCUGCACGCCGUUCAUUGCCUUGGCCUCCUUCUUCCUGUGGUUCCUGCCCCCCUUCACCAGCCUGCGCGGCCUCUGGUACACAGCCCUCUACUGCCUGUUCCAGGCCCUGGCCACGUUCUUCCAGGUGCCCUACACGGCACUGACCAUGCUCUUGACCCCCAGCCCCAGGGAGCGGGACUCGGCCACCGUGUACCGGAUGACCUUGGAGAUGGCAGGGACGCUGAUGGGAGCCACUGUCCAUGGACUCAUCGUGUCUGGUGCCCACGGGUCCCACAGGUGCAAGGAGACUGCGCUCCCAGGACAAGUGGCCAUCUCCCCCAACGCGACUCGUCUCUACUCCAUUGCAGCCACUGUGGUUGCUGUGACGUACCCCGUGUGCAGUAGUUUGCUCUGCCUGGGGGUGAAGGAGCGACCGGAUGCCUCUGCCCGAGCCUCCGGCCAGGGCCUGAGCUUCCUGGCUGGGCUGCGGCUCACAGUCCGGCACCCGCCCUACCUGAAGCUGGUCAUCUCCUUCCUGUUCAUCUCGGCAGCCGUUCAGGUGGAGCAGUGCUACCUGGUCCUGUUCUGUGCACACGCCUCCCGGCUACAUGACCAUGUGCAGAGCCUGGUGAUAACCAUCCUGGUCUCGGCAGUGCUGAGCACCCCGAUGUGGGAGUGGGUUCUGCAGCGAUUUGGGAAGAGGAUGUCGGCUUUCGGGAUCUUUGGGAUGGUGCCAUUUGCAAUCCUGCUGGCUGCUGUGCCCACAGCACCCGUGGCAUACGUCGUGGCCUUUGUAUCUGGAGUGAGCAUUGCCGUGUCCUUGCUGCUACCCUGGUCCAUGCUUCCAGAUGUGGUGGAUGAAUUCCAGCUGCAGCACCAGCACGGCCCUGGGCUGGAGACCAUCUUCUAUUCAUCCUAUGUCUUCUUCACCAAGCUUUCAGGAGGACCAGCUACAGCCUCGCUUGAACUUGAGACCCGUGUGAGCUGGAGUGGCAGGAGCAGCGUCUUCUGGACUCCCAAGUCCCCCUUUCUUCUCAGCCCUUCGGCACCCCUGCUUCACAGUUUACACACGACCUGUCUUUUCCCCUGGGAUAUGGCGUCUUCGGUGACUCUCCUGAAGGGAGUGGCCUGGGCUCCAGGACCCCCACCUGUCAUGUCUUGCCUGUUGACUGCAGGACAUCUCAGAUAGGCCUGUGCCCCUGACUACCCAGCUCCAGGCAACCUGUGACCUGGAAAGCAUACCAGUAGCAACUAUUCCUGGAAAAAGGAAGCCCCUACCAGCCUGGUCUGCAGACUUCCUGUGGGAGCACCAGGCCCACCAACCUGCUUGGAUGGCAAAGCUACCUGACAGGACAGACACACAGAACUCGUUUCCCCUGAUGUUCCACUGGAUGUCUGAGAGAGGCUGACAGCACGUGAGUGGGCAGAGUGGGGACAGACGGACAUGCUGGGCUGUCCAAUUAGGAGAGAGACAGAUGCAGCGAGGCCAGAAGACCCCAGAGGGAGCGAAUGGGGCCAGUGGUGGGGAUACACUGAGCAGGGCAUGAGGUGUUUCUUUCCCUUUGUACAGCUAAGUGGAUGACACUGUUUCUAGAAGCGGACACUGACUGAUAUUGAGCCACCGAAGAUCCAUCAUUUUUAUGAACAAAAGUUACUUUCGUGGAAAUAUUUUUCUGAAAGUUUAUCUUUUUGUUUUUCUGGCUGUGCCUCACCACAUGCGGGAUCUUAGUUCCCUGACCGGGGAUGGAACCCGUGCCCCCUGCAGUGGAAGUGCGGAGUCUUAACCACUGGGCGGCCAGGGAAGUCCCCUGAAAGUUUAUCUUAUAAAAGCACAGGAACCACCGUUUUCUAGAGGCCAUGUCUUUGGGGAAGAAAGACCCACUGAGAUUUAUUGUUUCAGAAACAAAUUAAAGGGUUUAUCUUCUAUUGAGUCUGUAAAAUUUGCCUGUGGCCAGCCUUCUCAUCCCACCUCCUGGGAAAGCCCUGUCCGGAGGAGGGAAGGGGAGGGUGCCUGAUGUCACUGAAACUGGCUGUGGCCCAUCAGCCACAGUUAAGGUGGUUAAGAAUCCGCCUGCCAAUGCAGGGGACAUGGGUUCGAGCCCUGGUCCGGGAAGAUCCCACAUGCCGUGGAGCAACUAAACCCUUGCGCCACGACUACUCAGCCUGCGCUCUAGAGGCCUUGAGCUACAACUGCUGAGCCCGCGUGCCACAACUACUGAAGGCCACGUGCUUGAGCCCGUGCUCCCCAACAAGAGAAGCUACCGCAGUGAGAAGCCCACGCACCGCAACAAAGAGUAGCCCCCACUCUCCUCAACUAGAGAAAGCCUGCGGGCAGCAAUGAUGACCCAACACAGCCCAAAAUAAUUAAUUUAAAAUAAAUAAAUAAAUAAAUAAAUAUCCCUCUAUUUACAAAGACUGCUUUCCCUUUUUUGACGGAGUUCAGAAACUGCUGACUUGCACCAUCAGAAUAACUUCUGAAAUCAUCAUUGACUGUGAAUCCAUUUUUCCAUAAUUUUAUACUUAUAUCUGCCUGCAAAGCAGUAAGAAACAAGAUGCAUCAUGUUAAUAAAUGAAGUAUACUAAUAAACUAAAAGCCCCUUGAAA